UUAGGAUUACUUAUUUCUUCUUAAUAAUAAUCACUUAAUGGGUAACAAGUUACUUUGGGAAUAGUGUUUAAUAUUGUUCAUAACCAUACCAAAGUGAGCAAUUGCAAUAUGUAACAUGGAAGUGCAAAGCGUCUGUUUUCUUGAUUUGCCUUUUCGCAUGAGAGUGGGAACCAUGUUCUUAUUUUUCUGCAUAUUCGGUUGGGGAAAUGGUUUGGUUACUGCAGAUACAACAGUGUGCCCAUGUACUUCCCCAAAUGUUAGGACAGUAUUGUUCCGUAACGCCGACUGCUUCAAGGAAUGUUGGAAUAACGAUGAAAUAAUUUUAUUAUAUUCUAGAAGGUUGUUUCAGGCGGUGCUGCCCAAAAGGAUGCCAGUCAGGACAUCAUUUCUCAUCAAGUACAUAAAACUUUGUUUAGGAGUUAUAAAAAAAAUGGAAUUAUCAAAAAGAGUUCACUAUUUAAUGAUGUCUGCCAUGGCUGAUGUAUUUGGGGGUUAUCUUCAAGCGUUUGGAAUACCUUUAGCAAUCGCAGAAUAUUAUGAAGGGGCCAACAGCUAUCAUGAAACGAAACAAGCAGACGAACUUUUAACAGAAUUUAAAAAAUUGCUUUCAACCAAUGGCGGCAGUUGGACCAAACAGAUUUACAUUAAGAGGUCUAAUCAUGUAACUCCGUACAUUGUUGAAAGCCCGAUCAAGAAAAACCUCUGCAGUACUAUUGUAACAAAUAAUGAGUAUUUAUCUUUUCGAAAGAUCAAACAAAAAUCCGUUACGAUUGCGAUGCCAUAUUUAGAUGAUGCACAGCAUCCAAGUGCAAUAGCAAUUCCACUUAAGGACAAAACAUUAUACAGUCUGUUCACUAACAAAUCUUCAGAUAUUUUGCUCAGGUAUUACUCUGGGGUAACACACUGCCUAUUGUCACCGAAUGAUUUGAACAAAGAUAUAAUCUGUGCUACAUCACCCAGUCUCCAUACGUUUAACCUCAACUUUCACAAAUGGCUUAUUAGUGAAAUUUAUCCACAUCUGCAUGAUGAAACGUGGUACCCAGGCUUUGGAAGUGUCUUCCGGCUGUUUGAGACUCUUUCACUAAAAGGGUUUCCCAAACCAUUUGAAAGCGUGAAUGAAACUGAAAUCACAUCUCCUACAUUGGCCUGCAGAAAGACAACGACAAGUAACAGUUUCUUCAUACUCUGCGUGAUUACAUUUGUCAUCAUGUUUUGGCUAAUAACGUGGGUGGUUUACUUUCUACUUGGUGCUAGCUGAAAUAAAUUUACUUUUUUUGUCAUUUGGCAUCUUCCAAAAAUAACACAAAUCUAUCUGCAUGCAUAAACUACUGAACCAGUUUCGCUGAAAAUUUCAAAAUUUGUUCUUAUUAGUGCCAAGAGUGUUUAGAAACUUUAUAAAAAGCAUAUUAAAUAAAAAUAAGGGAAAUCAGGAUUUUUUUGA